AUGCCGUCGUACCUGGACAAGCAGCAGAGCGCUUUUGCGGGCUCACUCGCAUCUGCUGCCUCCAAGAUCUCAAAUCCGACAGUCGCCGCACCUGCCAAAGCCAGCGCAGCGUCUUCGUUAGCACCUCCGUCGCCAUCGCCGUCCGCCGCAUCAGACACCAACACCACGCCCAAGGCGAAGUCCAAAUAUGUGCAGGUGUACUCGCAGCCAGAAGCCACGGGGACGGGCACAGAGGUCCGGACGAACAUGGCCUACGCAGUGGAGAAGCUCAAAGACAAGGGCACGACGAUGACCGCGGAAGAACUCGAGGGGUUCCUGAGCCUGGGACGCUUCUCAGAGCAGCACAAAGAGGAUCUGAUGGCAGGACUACGGAAGCAUCCGCGCGUUGAGUGGAAGGCCGACCCGAAAGUGAGCGAGCAGACGUGGAGGACGGGCACGUACACCUACCUGCCCAUCAUACCCGGCGUGAAGGACAAGCAGUCGCUCCUAGCGCAUCUGCAGAAGAAGAGAGAUGCGUCAGGUCUAUCGGUCAGGGAUCUCAAGGACGGCUGGCCUAAGUGCGACCAGGCGUUGGAAGACUUGGAAAGGAUACACAAGAUCCUUGUCUUCCGCACCAAGAAGGACAAUCUGCCGCGCGCCAUCUGGCUGGACGACCCCUCGCUGCACCACCAUGUCAACCCGGAAUUCGUGACAAUGUGGCAUCGCACACCAAUUCCAAGCAUUGACGACAUGCACCGCAAGCUCGUCAGCGUCGGUCAGAAGCCUACCAGCGAAGACCCCCGCUUGGCCGCGGCUGCGUCUGCCAAACCAAAGGUGCAGAAGAAGAGGGCCGGCAAGCGCGUUGGCAAGACCACCAACGUGCACAUGGCGCAUUUGAUGAAGGACUACAACACCGGCAGACUGGGCUGA